AUGUUAAUCUCACUGUCCAUCUCGUUCUCGUGGGCUAUCUUGGUCACUGUGGCAUGGGCCUUUGGCCAAGAUGCCCCAAGCCCCGGCGCGCCAAUCCCGGGCUAUGGCAUCUUCAUCCCACGAUGGGAGAUACCCUCCCCCGACGGCAACGGCGAAAUGCUUUCCCUCCGAGGCACGGUCGAAGAAGUGGCAACCCAGAUGCGCGACAUGCACCCGAGCUUUGACAUUGACGACCAAUUUGGCAAGAUUGCCAUGCCCGCCAUCGGGAAGCGGGCCACCUUUGAGGAUAAAGACCAGACGCUGUGCCACAACUUCAGGGAAGGCAAUAGAACGGCUGCACAUGUCAGUAUCGAUGAACUGAGGACGGUUCAGGGGAAGCCUGAGAACGGGGCCGGGCCUGCGAAUUGCGGACGGGCCAAAAGCUCCAAGAAGAUCGAUUCGUUUGGCGACAUUGCCGACGGCGCUCAGCGUGUCUUGUCAAAGUGCAAGGACAAGCUGAACGCCAAUCAAGGGCAAGGAAUGACUGUCAGCGGUCAGGCUUUUCACAAGGAUAGUUGGAAUGUUGUUGUCCGAGGCGGAGAUAACUGCGAUGAUGCUGGUGUGAAUAUGAAUCCCAAAGGCUCUCGAAGACUCUUUAAGGGGUAG